GCGUGUGCAAAUACAUCCUAUAUAAGUGUACGCGAGCGACUGCGGCAUUGGCAGACCAUCGCGUCACUCUUUAAAUACUCGGCCGCAUCUCGCCACGCGCGCGCCUUGUUUGUGUGUAAAUGUGCUGCUGCUGCUGUUCUUUCUGCUGUUUCUGCUGCAGUCGCAGUCGCAGUCGCUCUCGUUAUAUAUACGUGCUCUGCAAUAAUAAGUGUAUACCGUGGCGUUUAGUUACUUUGUGUAGCGCAUGCAGAUUCGCGCCGCGCCAACGACGCGAGUCUCCGCGAUCUAUCCAUACGAUAUAGCACAAGUUGCCAGUGUCUGUGUGUAUGUGUGCAAGAGCUCGGAGCGAGCAUUAUAUUAUAGGUACGUACGGCGCGCUGCAAGCUCGCGCCGCUGCUGCAGUCUGCAAUCGACGCCGCGCUGCGCUGCACACGGCGCGCGCGCGGACGACGCCUCCUCGACGAGCUAGCUCCGACCGACUGAUUUUACACCUUGUGUUCCGACCCGCGCUCAGCUCUCGCAUAUACGUAUACCUACCUACCUGCUGUCUGCGCUCGUGCCAUGUAGAGGACUCGCCACCUUCUGUCGUCGUCCGUGUCAACGGCCCACCACGGCUGCUGCUGCUGUCGCUGCUCGAGCCGGCUUACGACGACACCUUGAGAGUUUGUCGUUUUUUUUUUACAGGUCAAGUGGACUUCGUCGCUAUGAUCAAAUUCCCGACCAACUCAAAGUCGACGGAAUGAUUGUUUUCAAUCGGUCGAUAGCGAAAUUUGUAACGUCGAACAAUAAAUAUAAACUGCCACGAAGAAAAUCGUAGAUAUCGUUUAAGCGUCGAUUUAGUCGACCGUUUUUUUCUCCAAAAAUAUGGAUGUUGAAUUUAAUAAACCGUAAGAAGAAAUAAAAUAUUCAGCGUUGAGAAAAGUCAGAAAAAUCAUGGACGUAGUUAUGGACUUUGAUAUAAACGAAGUCAUACGAAAGGGAAAGCUUGAUAAGCUAAAAAAAUUUAUAGCCCUCGUUGGAUUAUCCCAUGCUAAAACGUGGCAGGGAGGAUACACGCUGCUGUACUGGGCAUUAGCCUACAAUCAAACGACUAUUGCCAAAUGGCUCUUGGCUCAAGAUUGCCAGGUGAAUCCAGAAAAUCAGAAAUUUUCUCAAAGAACGGCUCUACAUCUGGCCGUUGUGAUAGGCAAAGCCGAAAUAGUCAAGACGCUGUUGAAAAAAGGAGCCUCGGUGAGAGUCAGCAACGACCGCUUGGAGACUCCUCUGCACAUAAGCUGCAAAAAGCAGAAACCCGAGGCUCUUUUGAGAAAUGACAUUUUAACGAUAAUAAGGCUGCUUCUGAAGCACGGAGCUCCCGUCAAUGCCAAAGGAGGGCUGUGCGAAGAAACGCCGCUGCUCUUCGCGGUGAAAAAUAAACAGCAGAGCGGCAAAAUAGUCAAGCUGCUUCUUAGUAACGGAGCGAACGUGAACGAUUGCGACAUGUACAGAAAAACAGCUCUGCACAUUGCGGUGGAAAAUGGGGACAAAAAAAUGAUCAAACUGCUGCUGGAUCACAAAGCCGAGGUCAAUGUGAAAAACUGCAACGGAAGGACUCCGUUGCACUUGGCGGUUCGAGGAGGCAACAACGAAAUCGCUCGGAUGCUGCUUCUCAACGGAGCCGACGUCAACGACAUAAUUUGCGACCUCGACGAAAAUCGUUGGACUCCGCUGCAUCUCGCCGUUAAGAACAAGGACGAAAAAAUGGUCAAAGUUUUAUUGGAGUACAAUGCCUACGUGAACGCCAAAGAGGACCAUUACCGCACUCCGUUGCACAUCGCCUCGAUCAGCAAGUGUCAAGAAAUAGCGAAGAUACUUUUGAACGCCGGAGCCGAUAUAAGCGACGUCGACAAAUUGGGUCAGACGCCGCUGCAUCUGGCCAUCAAGAUCGACGACGAAAAAAUGGUGGAAUUUCUGCUGGCGCACGGGGCCAGUGUGUUCGCUCGUCGCAAGGACGGAAAAAACUGUCUGCACUUCGCCUCGGAGAUCAGAUCGGCCAACAUCGCCAAGAUCCUGCUGAAGCGCGGGGUCGACAUGCACGACACCACUCACGACGGGCGCACGGUGCUUCACUUCGCUGCGAAAAAGGGGGCCAAGGAGCCGAUCGAGCUGUUCCUGCAGCUGGGCAUGGACGUGGACCUGAGGACGCGAGUGGACGGCUUCACGCCGCUCUACUACGCCGUGAAGAAGCGCCACGCGCAGGUGGCCGAGUACCUGCUCUAUCACGGGGCGGACAUCAACGCGCCCGUGAAGAUCUACCAGACUCUGCUGCGGGUCGCCGUGUACGACAUGAACAAGGACAUGGUGGAGCUGCUGCUGAACUGGAACGCGGACAUCAACGCCCAGGACCAGGACGACGAGCCGCCCCUCAUCAUCGCCACGGACAGUCCGCGUUACGAGGACAUACCGGGCUCCGAGAUAAUGCACGUCAUCACCGACUGCCUCAUCAUGAACCUGGCCAAGAACGUCGUACAGAACAAUCCGGUGAGCGAGCAGAAUCUCGAUCUGAUCAAGCACCAUCGGCAUCCGCGCAUCAAGUACCUCUACGACAAGUACAUGAGCGAGCUCAUCAACAUGAAGGAGAAGAAGCUUUACGAGAAUAUAUCCUACUUCGAUAUCUUGACCAAGAGUACAAAUGUUAUGGUUUCGUACGCACGGAAUGUUAAUAUCACCAGUGCCUUCGAAUCUAGCGACUACGCCAAUGCCUUUCCUUCCUACUCAUCCAUGAUGUACAAAAAUUACGAGAGAGGCAAGGUGAAGAAGCAGCUGCUCGACCUGGCCGGCUCGACGCUGCAGUUUCUCUUUAGACAUUUUAAUGAUCCACAAGUGCCGCUCGAGCUGCCUUACGUAGUGAACAGACAAAUACUAACGUACUUCAACUUGAAAGAUUUGAGAAUCUUAUCUGCGGUCUGCCAGCCAUCUCCAUUAAAAAAAUAAGCACUUGACUUUCACUACAUAGGCACGAAGAAGCGCGUAUAUAUAAUACUUAUAGCAUUACCUGCGUUGAUAAUUUCCAUUUAUCAUACACUUUGCUCGCGAAAGUAUUGAAUUAUUACAAGUACAUGUUAAAUUAAAUAUAUCAUGCAUCAACAUCAAAUCGUUGGCAAGAAAAACAAGCAUUAAUAUACUUCGAUGAAACAUAUGGCUUGAAAAUUAACAAGUUUAAUGUGUAUAUUGUGAUACAAUUAGGAUUCUUUUUGCAAUUUUAUAAAUAUAUUUAGGAACUUUAUCAACUUUUAAACCGAUUUUAGGCCUAAGGUAUUUUUUUACAUUAGUGUUUUCUAAUCAAGUCCGUAUUCGUAAGAAUUAAUAAUUAAUAUAUUAUAUACAUCAGCGUAUAUUAUUACGUUAUAAAUGUAUUUACAUGUUGGAUAUUGUUGUACGUUGUGUAAAAAUUUAAGAAAGAAAAAAAAAUUAGUCCAUUGAUUGGCGACUAUCGCGAGUAUUAGCGCGACUCUCUCUCUCUCUCCCAAAGAUGUAUGUGUCGGUACGUCAAAACGUACAUGUAGCCUGAAUGAACGUAUAUAAUACAUAAGAUACAGAAAAAAAGGGCACGCGCAAGCACGACGAGUAAAGAGAGACGAACGAAGAAUGCAGACGCGGAUCCGAGACGCGCGCGUGAAAUCAGAUCUGUUUGUUAUGUUGCUACUAUUCUCCGCCACGAGAGAGAGUGACGUCCAGCUCCGCAUCCUCGCGGUGACCUAUCGUUAACCUCCGCCAAAGAGCUCUGCUGUAUAAUCUUUGCGGGUAAUGUAGCUGAUAACGCGCAAGUGUACGUGCACUUAGCGUUCGAGGAGCGAUGCAGUCUCGGCUGCGUUGUAAAUUUUCACCUGGAACACGUUGCUCCGCGAAAUAUACCCAUUGUUACCGAUACCGAUUUUGUUCUCGUUUCGCGAACUUUGCCGCACGAGUCGCGCCCGGAAAUUCGCUUACCCACUUUCCACUUUAUUGUCUACAUUUGUACUUAUUUUACUUAUGGAAUUAAUUGUUCUGUAAUCUCGUACGAGCGUUGUUACUAACUUUUGUUCCGUCAUGGGUAUUUUUUCGUACGAGUUUGCGAUAAAUAUAUCUCGGGUUAGCGAAACAUUCGAAAAUGUUAGACUGACGGGCCCGCGACAGCGUUUUGGUCAUUGGUAAAUAAUAAACCGGCCGAAAAUCACUUUACCGAUUAUAGCUGCUGCAACCAAAUCGUAGGUAUGUCGUUAUAAGAGAUAUAAAAUGUGUUAUUCAUAAGU